CCUGGGAAGUCUGUGUCCUGCUGUUUGCCUGAACGUUAGCCAACGCUCACGGAUAUAACCGACACACACACACGCGCGCGCGCAGCGGAGAGGGGGAACAUUAUGGCGACGUUGGGACCGGAGUCGGCUCGCCCUCCUCUUUCCCAGCUCGGUUCUUCUCCGUCGAUCCAGACCCACAUCGGCAGCGCCAACCUGCCUCCCAACCGGGGCUUGGAGCGGGCGCUGGAGGAGGCUGCGGCCAGCGGCGUCCUCAACAUCAGCUCCCGGAAACUGAAGGAGUUUCCCCGGACAGCGGCCAACCACGACCUGACGGACACGGUGGAGGCAGAUCUGUCAAAGAACCGACUGGCCGACGUCCCCUCAGAGGUCUGCAACCUGGUUGCCUUGGAAACACUAAACCUGUAUCACAACUGCAUCAGGACCAUCCCAGACAGCAUCAUCAGCCUGCAGUCGCUCACCUCCUUCAUUAUCAGUCGUAACCAGCUGGGCUCUCUGCCGGCCUGUCUGUGUGGUCUUCCUCUGAGAGUCCUCAACGCCAGCAACAACAAGCUGGUGAGUCUGCCAGAGACCAUCAGACAGCUGCACAGCCUCAUGGAGCUGGACAUCAGCUGCAACGAGAUCACGGCUCUUCCUCGUCACAUCGGCAAACUCAAAGCUCUGCGAGAACUCAACGUACGCCGAAACCUUCUCUGCGUCCUGCCAGAAGACCUGGCUGACCUUCCUCUGGUGAAGUUCGACUUCUCCUGUAACAAGGUGUCCACCAUCCCGGUGUGUUACAGGAAGAUGAAACAGCUCCAGUCGCUCCAGUUAGAAAACAACCCACUGCAGAGUCCACCUGCACAGAUCUGUAUAAAGGGCAAAGUUCACAUAUUCAAGUAUCUGAGCAUCGAGGCGUGUCGCAGCGAGAAGAUGCCCGACUCCCUCUACCUGCCCGUCAUGGAGAGAAUCAGCCUAUCACGGCCCACCGCCGGCAGUGUGGAGGACAUGGAGCAGCAGAAGAAGCAGGACAGCGACUCAGGAGUCGGCAGCGACAACGGAGACAAGAGACUGUCUGCUACUGAGCCGUCAGAUGAAGACAGUCUGAGUCUCAACGUGCCGAUGAGCCACAUCACAGAGGAGGAGGGGAUCAGUAAAGACGACUCCAGUGAACACAUCAGCUCCCUGACAGCAGACCCACACUGCGACUCGGUCCGGCUGAUCGAGGAGAGUCCUACGGAGGCCCUGAAGGAGCAGUUCAGCUACAGAGACUCCACGCUCAGCACUCGCUUCGUCAACUACAUCAAGGGUCGGACAGCAGCAGACUUUGACGAGCCCCUCAGGAUAGAAGAAGACUCACACUGGCAAACAGAACAAAUGUCAAAGGUCAAAGGGGGCACAGAGCUCCACAUUGACAUGAUCAACCAGCUGAAGGAGGCUGUGGAGCUGCUGCAGGACCCCAGCAGAGUGAGCGCGGAGCAGGACGACCUGUCUGGAGUCCAGCUCUACCCGGUGGAGAUGGUCACAGUGGAGGAGUCACUCAAUGGGCAGGACAGUGAUGACGGCGCCUCCACUCCAAAGCGAGACGACAGAUCUCCAGCCAGCGGAUCCCCGUCCUUCUCCAGCCCGCCGUUUGGACUCAAGCCCCGUUCAGCCCCGCCCUCGCUGCCCUGCUCGCCCCCUCCUUCCUGUCUCGACCCCUCCCUCCUCUCACAGGCCUCGCCCUUCCGUAGAGAUACCCCACGUAGCCAUGACGAUGGAGGCGUGCACAGCCGCGUGUUCCUGCGGAGCCACAAGAGUCUGGAGUCUGUGGAUCCUCAGUUCACCAUGAGAAGGAAGAUGGAGCAGCUCAGAGAGGAACUGGAGCUGAUGGAGCAGCUCAGAGACAGCAUCGAGAGCAGACUGAAGGUCGCACUUCCCGAGGACCUCGGCUCGUCUCUGAUGGACGGCGUCGUGCUCUGCCAUCUGGCCAAUCACAUUCGCCCGCGCUCUGUCGGCAGCAUCCACGUCCCCUCACCUGCAGUGCCCAAACUCAGCAUGGCCAAGUGUCGGAGGAACGUGGAGAACUUCCUGGACGCCUGCAGAAAGAUCGGUGUACCUGAGGACAAACUGUGUCUCCCUCACCACAUCCUGGAGGAGAAGGGCCUGGUGAAGGUGAGCAUCACGGUGCAGGCCCUGGUGGACGAGGCCUCCUCCAAACACGCCCUCCUGACGUGAGCGGCAGAGACGGGCGGCGCUUCCUCUGACUGACACGUACAACAGACGCACACCUGGAUCGACACGCCGGACGCCACGACACGCCUCUGUGCUCAUUCCGCCUCCCUCUCAGUAACAGAGUGAUUUCUUCUAUUUAAAGGUGUUAAGGGAACUAAACGAUCAGAGGUGGAUUCAUUUACUAAUUCACGAGAGGGAACUGAAUUAAUUUAGUGACAAAGGAGCCAAAACUGACCAGUGUUUGACCGGUCGUAGGUAAAUGAUGUGUUUUAUAUCAGUUUCAGGGUGUGAGUGAAAAAUCAACUCUAACAUCCACGUCUUCAGGUGAACACAAAACAAGCAGAUACAAACUGAAGGGCAUCAAAACAACUCCACUUUGUUUUAUUUUAUUUUUUUCUUGAUUAAAAAAUUCCUACACCAGUUGGUACCAAAAGGUUCUGACACAGUAUCAGGGCCACGGUGACGUGGGAGGGGAAAAUCUUUCAUUUCAAGAAUAAAGUCUAAACCAGUGGUCGGCCACUGGUGGCCUGCAGCGACAAUAUCCUGCCCGUCAGAUUAUUUUGAUAUUCAGAUUUAGCUAUAAUGUUCAAAGAGAAUCUAACUCCACCUGAAGAAGCUCAUUUUACUUUUAUUCAUGUUGAGAGUGAUUGACAGACAAACAGUCACAUCAGGCUGCACAGCUCCUGGUAAUGAAACACAUCAUGGCAGCAACAGUUAUCCACAGAGAAUCACUUCCUCGUUCUCUUUUGUUUUUGUUUUUUUGGCAGCAACGCUUUAUUUCAAGCUUUUAUUGUGAAAAGUUCUGACAGGAAGUUCCGAAGUUUCUGUUGUCAAACGUAUAGUAUGUGACUGUGGGCCACAGCUCCACGUCUCCACAGUAACAAAGUAAAUUCAAGUUUAAUUUUUUAUCAAUUAAUUUUUUAAUUAGCCUUUGAUUAUGAUCUGACACCUAAUGGAUUAGAAAACACUCACGUGCCGACCACUGGUCCAAAUAGUUUCAAAAAAAGUAAGAAUAGAUUUUUAAUUCAGAGAAAAUAGAUCAAUCGUAUUAGACAAAGUCAUA